AUGCAGGCUCGCUACAGGCUCACAUCCGUCAACGGUUCAUCUCCACUACAACUACCCCAGGUCGACGGGCCGUUCUUAGGGUCGGCGCAUAUCUUCUAUUCAAUCGUGUUUGCCGGUUCCCAGGACCACGAAGAUAUUAAGUGGAUGAUUAAGAUCCCUAUCAACGGUACGCCGGAUAUAUGGGAUGGACUAUGCGCCGAAGCGCUCCGUACCGAAGCACUUGUGCUCUAUAUGCUUCGCACGGAGACCGGCGUGCCGGUGCCCGCGAUCAUCGACGCCGAUUCUUCUCCUCAUAACGAGAUUCAUGUUCCCUAUCUAAUCAUGGAAUACGUGACUGGUCUGACACUGGAUCAGGUCUGGUUUCACGGGGAUGACGAGAAGGGGAUCAGGGUAAUAAGGAGUAAGGUCCUGCAGAAUCUAGCGCGGGCGGUGCUUGAACUUGGGAAAUACGAAUUUAAACAUGGGGGGGCUCCAGUCUUCGACAGUAACGGGAUGCUCACCGACGUAGGACCCUCGAGGGAGCUUGACAUACAGGCCAUGAUAAACCGCUGGCUUGACAACGAGGACUGCGAGAGAGUACCUCUGUACACCGCAGUAGGUCCCUUUGGAAACGCGAAGGAAAUGUACACAUCACUUUUAGAUCAGUACCCAUGCGACACCGAAGCAAAUAUCGGCGUCGAUAAAUUACUUCGCCUCCUCGUAAAUCUUGUCUCCGAGCCCUCUAAGCCAAGAUCCACUAAGGGCAAGGAAAAGGCGAGUCAACAUAAGAAGGGAUUCGUCCUUACACACCCGGACCUGAGCAUGCGCCACAUCAUCGUGUCUAAAGAAGGCGAUAUCAAAGCGAUCGUGGGCUGGGACGGCGUGCACGUUGCGCCGAGAUCACUUGGUAACGAGACUUUCCCGCCGUGGCUCGUCAGAGAUUUUAAUACGUUUGCGUGGCGCUGGCGGCCGUCGCCAGUGCUCUAG